AUGGUCGCCGUUGACAGCGCUACGCUCGGAUUCCCCCGCAUGGGCCCCAACCGUGAGCUCAAGUUCGCCCUGGAGAAGUUCUGGCGAAACAAGAUCAGCGAGGAGGAGCUCUUUAAGGUGGCCAACGCCGUCGAGGAGGCCAACUGGAACAAGCAGCUCGUCGCCGGCGUGAGUCGCGUGGGUGUCGGCCUCUUCUCGCUCUACGACCACGUGCUGGACUGGACCUUCUACCUGGGCCUGGCCCCGGAGCGCUUCGCCAAGGUGCCCGCCGGCCUGGCCCAGUACUUCGCCAUGGCCCGCGGCGUCGACGGCAUCCCGGCCCUCGACAUGACCAAGUGGUUCGACUCCAACUACCACUACGAGGUGCCCGAGCUCAACGCCAAGUCCACGCCCAAGGCCAACUUCAGCUCGUACUUGAGCAGCAUCAAGCGCGCCCUGGCCGUGGUCGGCCCCAACAAGACCGUGCCGAUCAUCCUCGGCCCGCUCACCUACCUGGCCCUGAGCAAGUACGACGGUGCCACCCUCGACGAGCUGCUGGUCAAGGUGCUGCCGCUCUACACGGCGCUCAUUGACGAGCUGGCCGGCCUGGGCGUGCAGGAGGUGCAGGUGCACGAGCCUUCGCUCGUCGGCGCCAGCGCCCAGCAGCUCGCCAAGCACCUGCCGACGGUGUACGGCUCCAAGGACCAGAAGGGCGCCAUCCAGCACGAGAACGUGUCCAUCAACCUGGCCACGUACUUCGAGGAGAUCAACCACGACGUGUACCAGUGGUUCGCCACCUCGCCCGUGUCGGCCAUUUCGCUCGACUUCACGCGCGGCGACAACCUGUCGGUGAUCCAAAAGUACGGCUUCCCGGCCGGCAAGCGCCUCGGCGCCGGUCUGAUCGACGGCCGCAGCGUGUGGAAAUUCAACCCGGACACGAUCCUGUCCCAGGUGGCCGAGAUCAAGAAGGUACUGGCCAACUCGGAGAACACCGAGCUGACCAUCCAGACGAGCUCGUCGCUGCAGCACGUGCCGUACACGACGGAGUGCGAGAAGGCCCUGAAUGCCGGCGAGACCGACGGUCUUCUGGGCGUGCUCAGCUUCGCGUACGAGAAGCUGGCCGAGCUGGAGGUUGUCAAGAAGAUCGCCGAGAUCGGCGAGGAGGCCGCCAAGGCCGAGAUCGACGCCGCCAAGAAGAACUGGGCCGUGUACUACGAGAAGAACCCGGCCAAGGCCGCUGUGCAGUCGCGUCUGUCCGCCGUGACGGAGGCCGACUUCAAGCGCCCUUCGCCGUUCGCCGAGCGCCGCCCCGAGCAGCUCAAGGGCCUGCCGGUGCUGCCCACCACCACUAUCGGCUCGUUCCCGCAGACCGCCGCUAUCCGCGCUCUGCGCCGCAAGCUCAAGGCCGGCGAGAUCACGCUCGAGGCCUACCGCGCCAAGAUUGACGAGCAGAUCGCGUACAACAUCGGCAUCCAGGAGGCCCUGGGCCUGGACAUCCUGGUCCACGGUGAGCCCGAGCGUACCGACAUGGUCGAGUACUUCGCCGAGAAGCUGAACGGCUUCGCCUUUACGCAGAACGGCUGGGUGCAGAGCUACGGCUCGCGUUGCGUGCGUCCCCCGAUCAUCUUCGCCGACCUGGAGCGUCCGGCCGACAUGACCGUGCGCGAGUUCGUGGUGGCCCAGUCCUUCACGUCGAAGCCGGUUAAGGGCAUGCUCACGGGCCCCGUGACCAUCCUGAACUGGUCGUUCCCUCGCAAGGACAUCAGCCGCAAGGACCAGGCCUUCCAGCUCGCUCUGUGCCUCCGCGACGAGGUGGCCGACCUUGAGGUUGCCAAGUGCGCCGUCAUCCAGGUGGACGAGCCUGCUCUCCGUGAGGGCAUGCCGCUCAAGCCCGCCAAGAAGGACGAGUACCUGAACUGGGCCGUGGACGCCUUCCGCCUGUCGACCGCCGUGGCCAAGAACGAGACGUCGAUCCACACGCACAUGUGCUACUGCGAGUUCUCGGACUGCAUGCACGCCAUCGACGCCAUCGACGCCGACGUCAACUCGAUCGAGAACGCCCGCUCGGACGACGAGACCAUCCGCUCGUUCAAGGCCAUCGGCUACAAGCGCGACCUGGGCCCGGGCACGUACGACAUCCACUCGCCCGUGGUGCCGCCCAAGGAGGAGAUCGUCAAGAAGCUCACGAGCUUCCUGAACCUCCUGCCGGCCGAGCAGGUCGUGGUGAACCCGGACUGCGGUCUCAAGACCCGCAAGUGGCCCGAGACCAUCGCUGCCCUGCGCAACAUGGUGGACGCCACCCGCGAGGUGCGCGCUACGCUGUAA